AUGAGUGAUACAAACAUAGAGGCAGAGAAAAAGGCCACGGUGAAAGACCCUUUGAGACGACUAUAUGAUUUUUGGGCCGAAAGAGCGGCCGAGCAUAGGUCCACCGCUAACUUAUUGGAAUUUCUUCACGAAGGUCUGGAAGAUGAUGCACUUGAGAGCCAGAACUUCGUUAGGUCUAAUAGAGCCAGAACUUCGGGCCAAGAUGGAGGAGCUUUUGAGACAAUUCAAGGAUUGCUUCGCUUGGGAACACACCGAGAUGCUCGAAUUGAGUCGUGA